CUCCUCUACCCAGUUCACCAUGGUUGAAUCCAGCGCGCAUGAGGCCACCAAUCCCGUGGUCUUUUUUGACAUCGCCCUCGCAGGUGAGCCUUUGGGUCGAGUGAAAAUGGAACUGUUUGCCAACGUCACCCCACGUACUGCUGAGAAUUUCCGGCAGUUCUGUACCGGCGAGAGUAAAAAUCCCAAGAGUCAACCGCAAGGCUAUAAAGGAAGCAAAUUCCACCGGGUUAUCAAGGACUUUAUGAUCCAAGGUGGAGACUUCAUCAACGGGGAUGGAACGGGGAGCUGCACGAUCUACGGCACUUCGAAGUUCGCCGAUGAAAAUUUUGCGUUGAAACAUGAUCGCGCGGGUCUUCUUAGCAUGGCCAACUCGGGCCCAGACACCAAUGGCUGCCAGUUCUUCAUCACAACCACGGCAACUCCAUUCCUGAACAAUAAACAUGUCGUAUUCGGCCAAGUCAUUGAUGGGAUUGAUGUUGUUCGCAUGGUCGAACACACUCGAACCACCCGAGACAAGCCUAACCAGGAUGUAACGAUUGUGCAGUGUGGAGAAAUGUAGAAGAGCCGUG